UGUGUUACAUGUUUGGUAACACCAGUUUGGUAUCGAAGUCAAACCCACUUAAAAUGUAAAUAUACAAAAGCGAGUGAUAUUAGUCAUUAAUUAAUCUCUCAUUAUCAAUCGCUAUAACAUUUGUUCAAUGUUUUUUCUAGUUUUAUUUAGUUUUGUGCUCCACUCUAUUCAUCAUGUCUCUUGAUUUUCUGUCCCAAAAAUAUGAAAGCCUUGAUUAUGACCAGUGUGAAAAUUAUUAUUUCCUUCUGGAACAGCGUCAACAACAACGCAAUUUGAACAUUUUGCGAAACAAAGGAUUCAAAAGAUGGAUUGUCAUUUUAUUCAUUGGUAUUUUAACAGCUUUGACAGCAUGUGGUAUCGUCAUCGCUACAGACAAACUUGCUUCAUACAAAUUCCAUUUUCUCAUGACCAAAAUGAACCAAUGUGACAACUCGAGUUUUUGUUACACACCCUUGUUUUAUUGGAUGGGAAUAAACGCCACGCUGGUUGCUAUUGGCUCUAUUAUGGUUACAUAUUGGGCUCCGGUUGCUGCUGGCUCAGGUAUUCCAGUCGUUAAAUGUUAUCUUAAUGGUGUAAAAGUUCCUGAAGUCGUUAGAUUCAAGACAUUCGUUAGUAAGGCUGUUGGUGUUAUUUUUUCUGUUGUUGGUGGAUUGGCGACAGGAAAAGAAGGGCCUAUGAUCCAUUGUGGUGCUGUUAUUGCGGCUGGAGUCUCUCAAGGAAAAAGUACCACUUUUAAAAAAGAUACACAUCUCUUAGAUGAAUUUAAGGAUGAUAGAGAAAAAAGAGACUUUGUUUCUGCAGGGGCUGCUGCUGGAGUUGCUGCUGCUUUUGGUGCUCCAAUUGGCGGUGUCUUAUUCAGUUUAGAAGAAGGAGCUUCGUUCUGGAACCAAGCAUUAACAUGGAGAAUAUUUUUCUGCUCAAUGAUAACCACUUUUACUCUCAACAUAGUUCUUUCAAUUUACCAUAAUCAUGCUGGCCAACUAUCUUAUCCAGGUUUAAUUAACUUUGGUAAAUUUGGUGAAAUCAAUUAUGCUAUCUAUGAAAUACCCAUUUAUGCCUUUCUUGGAGCUAUUGGCGGAAUCCUUGGAGCUCUACACAACAGUAUUAAUCUUCGUCUAUCUAUGAUACGACUGAAAUACAUUAACAGAAACUGGAGCAAAGUAGCUGAAUCGGUUUUCAUUUCCAUUUUUACCUGUUCUAUAGCUUAUUCUCUUAUAUACCUUGAUGAAGAUUGCCAUAAAAAGGAAUUAUUGUCUCUAAAUGAAACCAUUAGGGCUGGCUGUAAAGAAAGCGAAUUUUCAGUUAUGUCUUAUCUUUGGUUAGCAACUCCUGAAGCAACUAUUUCCAGAUUAUUUCAUAGCGAUGAUGAUAUGUGGACUUGGAAAACUCUUCUUAUUUUCUUUGUAUGUUAUUUCUUUCUUGCCACUUGGACUUAUGGAAUUAGCGUUUCUUCUGGUCUUUUCAUUCCUUCUUUAAUUGUUGGUGCUACUGGUGGUCGACUAUUUUAUCUUCUAGUCAAACAUACUCUUCCUGAUGAGAGUGAUUGGGCUGAUGGUUGUAAAUUUGCUCUUAUCGGUGCCGCCGCUAUGUUAGGAGGAGUUGUUCGUAUGACUAUAAGUUUAACCGUCAUUAUGAUUGAAACAACUGGAAAUAUAACGUUCGGUCCACCAAUAAUGAUAACCCUAAUUGUAUCUAAAUGGGUUGGUGACUAUUUUAACCAUGAAAGUAUUUAUGAUAUUCACAUUCGUCUAGCUGCCAUACCAUUCCUUUAUUGGGAACCUCCGUCUUUGUCUACCACCGUUUAUGCCUCGGAAAUCAUGUCAGCGCCAGUUGUUGCAUUAAGAAGUGUCGAAAAAGUUGAUCGUAUUAUUCAAGUUCUGGAAAAUGAAACUCACAAUGGUUUUCCUGUUGUUGACACGGAAGAAUUUGAUUUCACUGAAUCAGGCUCGUCCCUUGAGCCAUCUUAUUCAUCUCCAGCUCAUUAUGGUCGUUUCCGUGGACUUAUUUUAAGAUGGCAAUUGAUUGUUCUUCUUCAAGAGAAAAUUUUCAAUGAAAAUGAUGAAUAUCAUAAGAUUACAGCUGGAACUUUUCGAGAUGCUUAUCCAAGAUAUCCACCAAUUGAAAAAAUCAUCAAUCUAAUUACAGAUCAAGAGAGACAGUAUUCUAUUGAUUUAAGACCUGUGAUGAAUCCUAGUCCAUAUUCAAUGUCUCACACUGCUUCAUUGAAUCGUAUCUUCCAAUUAUUCCGUGCUUUAGGAUUGAGGCAUUUAGUAAUUGUCAAUGAUUAUAAUGAAGUUGUUGGUAUUGUUACCCGUAAAGAUAUUGCACGCUACCGACAACAUUGUCAUCGCGGUAAACUUUUCCUCCAGACUCUACAGAUCUCUGUGUAAUUUGUUCAUAUUUUUUAAAAAAAACUGAAAGCUUUUUGAGAUUUGCACAAGGACAAUGUUUUUCACAACUCAUGUAAAAUUUCCGAAUUCGUUUUUGUAAAUAUCAGCUUUCAAUCUAUACAUAUGUCAAUCUAUGUAUUUCAUAUCAUUGUUUUUACCAUAACUCGUUUGAUUUCUUUAAGAAUUAUUUAUUUUCAAAUAAAACAUUCAAUAUAUCAUCACA